GUCGCGAGACGCUCGGCUGUCGAUGGUAAGGCCGCGGUCGCCGCGGAGCGUUGUGCGUAUUCCCUGUCGGCCGCGUUCGCCCACUCGGCGGAUAAGCGAUCGUCGUCGUCGUCGUCGUCGUCGUCGUCGCCCGAGCGAUCGGCGCGCAGAUCGACCGGAUUGAGACUGACGUGGUGGAUCGGGAGUGGACGCGCGGCAGCCACAUCGGCGACCAGUUACGCGCGAAUGGCCCGCCGUGGACGUUGAUGUCACGUCAGAUCAGUGCGACGACGAUUGUGAUCGAGUCUUCUCCCCCGGUCGUUUCGGACUAAUCCAGGCAGGAUCGGUCGAUCGGCGCGAACGGAGCCUCGACAGGAUGGUCCUGUUCACGAUAAUCGCAAGGGUGGCGGACGGCCUGCCGCUGGCGGCCACCAUGCAGGACAACGAACAGGAUGGUAAGAAUAUCGUGGAGUAUCAGAAUCAAGCAAAGAUGCUGUUUAGAAAGCUAGGUCCGCAGUCUCCCACAAGGUGUACAAUCGAAACCCCACCAUACCUUUUCCAUUAUUUAAUCGAAAAUGAGGUGUGUUAUCUGGUACUAUGCGAAAGGAAUUACAGUACGCGCAUAGCGUACAGCUACCUGGAGGAUAUAGCGCAAGAGUUUCAUGCACAGUAUGGCAAACGUGUAAAUACAGUGACCAGGCCUUAUACCUUUAUCGAAUUCGAUACGUACAUUCAGAAAGCUAAGAAGAUCCUCACGGACAGUAGAUCUCGCAGGAACUUGAACACGCUUAACAGUCAGUUGCAGGACGUGCAAAGAAUCAUGGUACAAAAUAUCGAUGAUGUUUUACAAAGGGGUACCGUACUCUCAGAAUUGGAUACGAAAACGCAAAACUUAUCUAUGCUGUCGCAGAAAUAUAAAAAAGACGCGAAACAUCUAAACAGUAAAUCGAUGUAUGUGAAGGCUGUCGCUGGUCUUGUUGCAUUUUUGGUCUUCCUGUUAUAUUUCUUCAUUCUCUAGUUAAGCAACACGAUUAAGAAAAAUUUCGAUAAUACGCGUCAAAAGUAUUCCAUUUCCAAGGGUAGAAUAUUUUCGUUCGUCUCGCUCAUAAUUACGGACUAUUUGUGAUUCCAACAUUUAUAUUUAUAGAAGAGGAAAAUUUUAUGUACGAGAUAAAAGUUACGAAAGUGUAAUUGUAAUUAUAUGUAUUGAUAUACUAAAAUUGGUCUGUGUAAAAAUUAUGUUUAUAAAGAAAAUAGCAUAUAACUAUCUAACGAGAUAUGACUCUGCGAUUUUUUUUAGUGCUACAAUGAUAAAAACUAAAGCUUUUUGUUAUAGAAAAAUGAAUAGAUCGUAAUUUUUAUUAUAUUAUAUUUCCAUUGAAUUUUUCUAAUAAUUUUACAUAAAGAAUCUAAUUUACUUUUACAUAAAAAAAACGAUGCAAUGUGCGAUCAUUUUUAAUAUAUAUUGUAGCAGAUAUUUGUGAUCUAUUUAUUUCCAUAGUUUGUUGCGAUGAAAAAUAAAUUGCCUCUAAAUUAUCGACUGGAAUAGAAAUUUUUCAAAUGAGGAGUAGAAAUGGAUUGGAUUUUUAUUACUGAUAAAAAGAGAUGAUAUUGUAUUUAUUAUUCUUAUAUCUUUGUUGAAAUCAUACAGUUUGUGUGAGUUGUGAAAUCCCGAGUUAGUAUAAAUUAAAAAAUAUAUAUUUAUUAUUAUAAGUGCGAUUGUAUUUUUGGGUGGUGCGCAGAUAUAUGUAUUAUCAGGUAUAUGUGUGGGAAAGGAACCAAUUAAGAAAAAAAAAGUGUAUUAUAGAUGGCCAUACACGUCAUUAAUGUUACUACAUUUGUAUGUAUUUCAUCUGUAUUAAAACUAUAACGGUGAUGUAUUUACAAUAAAAAUAUCUAUACAUAUAA